AUGCGUGGUUUAUCAUCAAUUCGACCUGGAUAUACUGGAGGUCAGCUAUCAGGCGGUUAUUUAAAGACAACUAGUCUACCAAUAAAUUCAUCAUUUGGCAGUUGUCUAAGAUCCUCGAGUACAAAUUUAUCGAAUGGUCAUUCGAAAACAGUUACACUAAAUGGAAGUAUUCGAUUCGAUGAUAAAUCGAAAUUAUUAAAUGGUGACAGUCUUAGACAUACUGUUCAAAAUUUAUCCGAUUCUGAUAAUCGAACUGCUACGGUGGAAUCGAUAAGAAUUUAUUCACCAAUUGAUGAUGAUAAUGCCAACAAUAAUAAUAAUACAUCAAUGAAUGGCAUCUCAUCAAAUUUAUCUAAGCUUAACAUUAAACACAGUACUAUACCUAAUGGUCAUUCACAUCACAAUGGAGAUUCAAGAUAUAGUGAUGAUCGUCGAUUAAUUGGAUCAAGUCCCAGCCAUCCAAGUGUUCUAUUAAUGUCUUCAUCACCUAGUGCUGUAUUCCACCAGAAAGUAACACCACCUGCGCCUAAAAUUAUAUCAUAUGAAGAAUUGAAAGGAUACAAGGGAGUAUAUCCUAAGGGAAUAGAUAGAACUGCAUUAGAGGCACAUUUAUCAGAUGAGGAAUUUCAUCAAGUCUUCUCACUAUCUCGAACAGUAUUCUAUCGUCUUCCUGAAUGGAAACGUAAUGAUUUAAAGCGUAAAGCACAACUUUUUUAA